UCAGACAACAAAUGUUGACAAAAUUCUACAUUGAGCCCCGAAAUUUAGGACCAGGAACUAAUACGAAGUAGGGACGAAUGCUUCAACCAUGUACUGCUCCCUGAGCUCAACGAAACCGGUGCUAAUUGUCGGCACCAUGGCCAUCGAAUAUAUAGUCUUUAGCUCCCAUUUCCCCGUGGAGGGUACGCAGGGGAAAAGCCUGAAAUCUGUAAUGCACUGCGGCGGUAAUGCUUCGAAUGUGGCAACAGUACUUCGGGUGCUGGACGUCCCUGUCGAGUUCUUCGGCAUGCUGAGCAAGGGCGCGAUCUGUAAUGUGGUGAUGCAGAAUAUGAAAAGGCGCGAUAUAAGUACGAUCAACUGUCCCAAGACAGAUGAUGACCCGCCAUUCUCUACUAUUUUAGUUGCCCAGGACACGGGAGCCCGUGCCGUUAUAAACUGUGGGGCAGAAUUGGAAUAUGUGUCGGUUAAGGACUUCCAAAGACUUGACCUAAGUCAGUACGGAUGGGUGCAUUUUGAGGCGCGAAACUUUUAUGAUACUGUACAACUAAUGCGUGUCGUUCUGGACUUCAACAACGGUCGAGAGGAAGAGGAAAAGGUUACUCUAUCCCUGGGCUUCACUUCUAUUGAGUUCGAUCCAUUUUUCCAAACAAAUCUUGAUAUUGGCGACAUGUGCGAUUAUUUAGUGUAUACCCAGGAACUGGCUCUCCAACAUGGCUGGCAGACACCCCGCGAAGCCUGUUUUGAAAUAGAAAAGGCGUUGCGUCUUCGUCGUGAUCUGAAUUUACACAGGCCGGCCAUCGUUUGUCCUUGGGGCAGCGAAGGGGCCGGUUGCCUGGAUGCAAGCAGAGUCUAUGCAGAAGUACCUAACUAUCCCCCCAAGAAAAUUGUUGAUACCGUGGGCGCUAGUGACUGCUUCGAGGCCGCUUUCAUAUUCGCCAUAUACAGGCGGCAAUCGUCCUUAGCCAAGGCUGUGGAGUUUGCCAAACGCGUGGAAGGCCAUAAGCUUUCUAUGUAUGGCUUUGAUCAUAUUGUCAAUAUGAACUUUACGGAUGUUACGCCGCUAACUGUUGACGUCGAAGCAUCCAGUGACGGUAGCUCUCAGGAUGGCGACCUCACAGAGGAGCAAAGAAUAUGUCGCAAGUACUUAAAUCGAACGAUCAAGCACAAAGAGCAGGACAUGUUGAAAAGAAUGAAGAUGAAAGCUCAAGCCGAAGCCGAGGACAUAGCCGAAGCAAAAGCGGAGAGGGAGAUGAUGAAUUCCAUGUUUAAUAGGGGCGAGGAGAUCAUUGUUCAAGAAAUUAUCAUACCUCCUCCUAUAUUUGAACCGGUUGAGCGUCUAGCCUUUGAUUCGAUUAGUCAAGUAAAUGAUGCCGAUCAAAAUGUGGACCACGAUUCGGAUGCCCUAUGAAAAGCAUAAUCCUCCAAACAUCUUAGAGAUGCUGUCGUAAUUACUUUAUAAAAGCACCACACCCACAAUUCGGGUUAUCUAAA